UACGUUGUGUUAACUUACAGCUUUUGGAAAGGAUAAAGGAAAUACACUGUUUUUGGCAAUCUACCAGUAUCCUGUGACGUAUAUUGCCUGGCUUCCUGCAAAUCCAGAAUCCUACAAAAAUGACAUGACGUUAAUAUAUAAUAGCAGCUAUACUAAGUCCACACACUACUGGACCUCAGUAGCUGCUGAUUACCAUACAGGAAAUGUUACUUUCCAUGAUAAAGUAAACCGCUGGAUAUACUUAAGUGAGGAUUUUGGAACUCCUGGUGGCGGCUUUGCUUUUCCAAUUGAAGGUGGAACCUCUGGUAGAGUGGAGGCUAUGGCAAUUGACUGGUUGGCUCAGAAUGUGUACUGGGUGGACGAGGGUUACAAUUGGAUCAAAAUGACGAAUUAUCUUGGAGAAGGAGAAUCAUUGAUUGUUGAUUUAGGUCUCGAAAGGCCGUCUGGGAUAGCCUGCCAUCCUAUAGAAGGGUAUCUGUUCUGGACUGAAUUAGGGAAUAAAUAUCCGGCUAAGAUUGAAAGAUCAUCUCUUUCAGGAGGAAAUAGAGUCACUAUUGUUACACUUGUUAGCGAACCAACGGCUAUAGCAGUAGAUACUAUCACUAACAGGAUUUACUGGACUGAUCAUAAUGCAACUAACAGUAAAAUUGAAUCCUCCGAUGUAAAUGGUGAAGACAGACGAAUGGAAGUGUCACAACCUUUAUCUGAUGGCAAAUUUAAAAGUAUUUCUGUCGACGAAGAUUACAUAUUUGUAAGUGUGUUUGUUGGAACUGAAUAUAGUAUUCGUUACUACAACAAGUCCACGCCAAGCGAAUUGGUGUUUGAAUAUAGCUUCGAUAACUCUCUCUUCGUAAACGACGUGUGUGUCACGGGUCCGAAUAUCCAGCAGAAGCCAGUAACAUUGCCGUGUGAUGGACAUACUUGUGGUCACUUUUGUGUAUCGGCCGCCGACGGAAAACACGAAUGUAUUUGCAGGGAUAACUAUGUUUUAAAUCCAAAUGGAACAUGCAGUAUUGAUUUAUCCUUAUAUCACCCACCAUACUGCGUAAUUGGAAGGAUGAACGGCGUUUCCAGAUUUCACCCAACUCUUCUCCAUUAUGGUCUAGAUGAUAAACAGCAAUACAUUUCUGAUAUUCUUGGCAAAUAUUAUGGAAAUGUAACAGCGGUGGCAGUUGAUAUACGCAGCCAUAUAUUGUUUUAUGCUUCUGAUACACAUAAAAAUAUGUAUGUUAUAAGACUGGAAAGUGGGCAAUAUCCAAUAGUUAUUGAGUCAAGUAUUGGACGCGUUGAUGGUAAAUAUUAUUUUGUAUAUUCUAAUUAAUGUCUUACAUGCCUAACACUCGUCAUCAUCAUCAUCAUCAUCAUCACCAUCAUCAUCACCACCAUGUGCCAUCU